AUGCUUUCCCGGUCCACCGUCUCUUCGGGCCUCCUCCGCCCCCUCACCAACCCCGCUUCGUCGUACGCUGCCGCCCGUGGCCUCCUCCGCGUCCGUGGCCUCGCGUCUGAGGCUGGUGCUUAUGACCUCGCCGUCAUUGGCGGUGGCCCCGGUGGCUACGUUGCUGCCGUCAAGGCCGCGCAGCUCGGCAUGAAGACCGUCUGCAUUGAGAAGCGCGGCGCCCUCGGCGGCACCUGCCUGAACGUCGGUUGCAUUCCCUCCAAGGCCAUGCUCAACAACUCGCACAUCUACCACACCAUUGUUCACGACACCAAGAACCGCGGUAUCGAGGUCGGCGAGGUCAAGGUCAACCUUGACAAGAUGCUCCAGGCCAAGGAGUCGUCGGUCAAGGCUCUCACUGGCGGUAUCGAGUCGUACCUCUUUAAGAAGUACGGUGUCGACUACAUCAAGGGUGAGGCUUCGUUUGCCAGCCCCGACAAGAUCGACGUCAAGCUCCUUGACGGCGGCGAGACCCAGGUCGAGGCCAAGAACGUCAUCAUCGCCACUGGCUCCGAGGUCACCCCAUUCCCAGGCAUUGAGAUUGACGAGGAGCGCAUCGUCUCGUCGACCGGUGCCCUCUCCCUCAAGGAGGUCCCCAAGCGCAUGAUCGUCAUCGGCGGUGGUGUUAUUGGUCUCGAGCUCGGCUCGGUCUGGUCGCGCCUCGGUGCCGAGGUCACUGUUGUCGAGUUCCUCGGCGGCAUUGGUGGUGCCGGCAUUGACGGCGAGGUCGCCAAGACCUUCCAGAAGUCGCUCCAGAAGCAGGGCUUCAAGUUCAAGCUCAACACCAAGGUCAUGGGCGCCAAGCGUGAGGGUGACAUCAUCAAGGUCGAGGUCGAGUCUGCCAAGAACGGCAAGAAGGAGGAGCUCGAGGCCGACGUUCUUCUUGUCGCCAUCGGUCGCCGCCCUGUGACCAAGGGCCUCAACCUCGACAAGAUUGGCGUCGAGGUCGACGACAAGGGCCGCGUCGUCAUUGACGACCAGUACAACACUUCGGUCAAGAACGUCCGCUGCAUCGGUGACGCCACUUUCGGCCCCAUGCUCGCCCACAAGGCCGAGGAGGAGGGUAUCGCCGCCGUCGAGUGGAUCAAGAACGGGCACGGGCACGUCAACUACGAGGUCAUCCCCUCGGUCGUUUACACUCACCCCGAGGUCGCCUGGGUCGGCAAGACCGAGGAGGACCUCAAGAAGGCCGGUGUCGAGUACAAGGUCGGCAAGUACCCCUUCGCCGCCAACUCGCGUGCCAAGACCAACCAGGACACUGAGGGCUUUGUCAAGCACCUCGUUGAGAAGGACACUGACCGUAUCCUCGGCACUCACAUCAUUGGAGCCACCGCCGGCGAGAUGAUCGCGGAGGCCUGCCUUGCUCAGGAGUAUGGCGCUGGAAGCGAGGACAUUGCCCGCGUCUGUCACGCCCACCCUACACUGUCCGAGGCAUUCAAAGAGGCUGCUAUGGCUGCGCACGGCAAGCCCAUCAACUUCUAA